ACUCCAUGCAUCCUCAUUCGACUCACUUAAACAGUUAAACUCACUCACAUUCGCACACACCACGUUAGUGACGAUCAGUCGAGGAACUCAAGUAUGGGAUCGGAUUCCGAAACAGUGUCGCUAAAAAUUCCUAUCAUUGAUUUCACAUAUAGUGGCAGUGGCACCACGCCCGACCAAGUAAGACAUGCACUUGAAGAGUACGGUUGUUUCGUGGCGGCGUAUGACAGAGUUCCGGCUCAACUUGUUGACAAGGUGAUGGCCCAGUCGAAGGAUCUGUUUGAUCUGCCCACAGAAACCAAACUCAGCCACACUUGCGACGACGUACUCCGUGGAUAUAUUGGACCAAGUCCUAGGCUUCCUUACUCCGAGACCUUCGCGAUUAGUCAUGCUACAAGCUUCCAAGAUGUGCAGAAUUUCAUGAACCUCGUGUGGCCUGCUGGCAAAGAUAACUUCUGUGAAACUACUCACAGUUAUGUGAAGUUGAUAGAAGAGUUGGGUGAACGGGUGAUGCGAUUGUUGUUCGAAAGCUAUGGUGUUGCAGCGAAGCACUAUGAGUCCUUUGCUGCUUUCAAUGACCACAUUUUUCGAUUAAUCAAGUAUAGAGAAAUGAAAGACAUGGACAUCACUGGUACUAGUGUAUGGUUUCCAAGCCACACCGACGCAAGCUUCAUAUCAAUACUUUUCCAGCACCAAAUUGGCGGUUUAGAAAUCGAAUCCAACGAUGGAACCUUUGUGGGUAUUGACGCCUCACCUUGCCACUUCAUAGUCUUCGCAGGAGAUAUGUUGCAGAUCAGAUGGAUUGAAGAAGAUCAAAUGACAGAAAUUAAAAAUGGUGUAUGGAUAACACCCCAAAUGAAAAAGACUAACGCUACACUUACCACAUUUGUCAUAUCACAUUUGUACAAUCUCUCUAAUAAAAGUACGGCUCACCAACAUAUGUGAGUUUCAUAUCUAUUAGAAAGAUGACAUUAAAGUGAUAUGAAAAAUGUAGUAAGAGUAAUAUUUUUGAAUAAAAAUGACCUAUGUGGAUGAUAUCAUUAUGACAUCUAUGUAAGAGCUUAGCUCACGAGAUCCUCUUGAAAAAAGAAAAGAAUUUAUAUGAAACAGGAUCACCACCACAUUGCAUCCAUGUCCAAUAAUAUUGUCAUAUGCAAGUUUUUCUUCACUUGGCAAUGUAUGAUUGGGUCGGAACUUCACAUGGUGGUGAAUCCAUUCCAUGUAUGUUGCCCUCUUAAAAUUGAGUACCAACUAGAUCGGUGUGAUUGCAAAAUAUAAUUAAAAAAAUAAAAAAGACAAUUUACAGAUUAAUUAAAAGGACCGAUGGUGAACAAUUGGUAACUUUAAAGUUGCUUAAAGUUGUUUUGCAGACUUUUUUUUUGUACAUACGAUAUUAGUUAUAUUAAGGAGAUGAAAGAAGUAGACUAAAUCUUACAAUAAACUAAUAAUAAUAUGGUUCAAAUUCGCAUGUUGUAAACCUUUAAUAGACAGAGCAGACUCAUAUAUAUACGCUCCUAAACCAUGCCCCGCCUUCACACUUCA